ACAUUUCUCGCCAGUUUUCUCACUCAACAGUCCCCACGCUCUCUCUCCUCUCUUUUCCCACCACAGCAAACCCUAGAUUCUCCUCUGCAACUCUCGCUCUACACCAUGACUGAAACCUCCCAAAAGUCCUUCCAUUCCCCCAGAAAAGCCCAUAAACCCUCUCCUUCAACUCCCAUCAUCCCUCAAACGCCGCAAACCCUAACUCCUCGUCGAUCCUCGCGCCAAGUCUCAAGCCCAGAUCCAUCAGAUCUUCGCCGUUCAUCUCGCCGGUCGUCCCUACAAUUUUUUGAACCUGAAAAGCGCUCUUCAAGAACCCCAAAAUAUGUGAAAAAGGGUGAAAGAUCGAAGCUUCCGGUCACUCCUGAUGUGUCAGAGGCGCGGAAGAGGAAGAGGCCUGAUUAGGGAAACGUGGUGACUAGGGCUAGGGUCUCGGGGAAUGCGAGUUUGAGGCCAAAGAAGCGGGUUUAUUACAAGAAGGUUGUGUAUGAUGGGGGUGAAUUUGCGGUGGGCGAUGAUGUGUAUGUGAAAAGAAGGGAAAAUGCGAGCUCGGAUGAUGAAGAAUUGCAAGUGGAGGAGUGUAGGGUAUGUUUCAAGUCUGGAAGGGCUGUGAUGAUUGUCUGGGUGGGUUUCAUUUGAAGUGUUUGAAACCUCCGCUGAAGGAGGUUCCAGAAGGGGAUUGGAUAUGCCAGUUUUGCGAGGCCCGGAAAUUGGGUAAGGAAGUUGUGCUUCCAAAUCCACCCAAAGGGAAGAAACGGAAGAGAACUGCAAGGGAGAAGCUUCUUCCCAGUGAUUUAUGGGCGGCUCAUAUUGAAAAGAAAAGCCCCUGUUGGAAUGGCAGAGGUAGAAGCAGCCAUACAGGCAAUGUUCCAGGCACCUCAUAUUCAAGUGAUGAAGAGUAGCACAAAGCUGAGUAAAAUCUUCUUAGUAGCAAUGGUGUAUGAACUCUAUCAAACAGGAAUGGUGGAGACCACUUUUGAAAAGUUGUCAGUGACUGUUUCAUGCCUCUGUACAGGCAAUGGAGAAAAGUUCCCUGGAUGAGACACACUCUUGAGAGUUGGUUGUAAGCUUGGUGAAUGCAGAAUCAUUCUAUGUGAAGCAGGAGCUACGCAUAGGUUGCAGAAGUUGCAGCUCAAUUUUCCAAGGUUGGUCAUACACACGUACGGAGCAAAUCAAGGACAGCACGCCGAGAAAAUUAAAGACAAACAAGGGACCAAAAUGUUUACGCCGCAACGACCCCCCCGUGGAUCUACAACCAGCCGUUCACGACCUGCGCUGCGCCAGGUUUAUCAAGAGUUGCAGCCCACUUCCGAAUGGAAACAAGAAGAAGGAAGUGCUGUUCUAGUUGUUCAUGUUCCUGGUUUUACCAAGGAGCAAGUUGGGAUUCAAAUACAAGGCAUGGACAUGCUCAGGGUUCGUGGAACGCGCCCAUCUCAGCCCAACACAUGGAUCCGUUUCGAUAAGGCUUUUCCUAUUCCAGAAGAUUGUACUACAAGUGGUAUUCAAGCCAAGUUCGGGAAUGGAAUUCUUUAUGUUACAUUCCAGAAGAAGACGAAGAAUAUUACGCAAGUUGGUUCCGAAGAAAAGCAGGCCAAACCAACACAACAAAGAGAUGAGAAGGAUUCCCAACUUCCAAGCCCUCGAGAAGUAUCACCGCCCAGUGCUUCAACCAGUGGUGGUGAGGGGAAACGCGAGGAAGCUCCCAGCAAGCUAAAGUCUGAAAUGGAUGAGGCGAGUGACCUAAAACAAACAACUUCAACCACUCAAGGCAAGAGCCAAACAGAAGCAAAGAGUACGGAAGCUCCGACCAAGCUAAAGUCUCCAGAGGAUGAAGACGCCAAUCUUAGAAAAGCAAGUACUUCAAGCCUUGGAGACAAUAUCGGAACAGACGCAAACAAUAUGGAAACUCUGAGCUCCAAGAAAGCACAAAGCAAUAAGGCAAAGGCCGAAAAGGGUGGAGAAGAUCAACGAGUAGAAAAAAGUACAAGUGAGGGGUCCAAGAAUGCUGAGAAUGUUGUUGAAAAAGCCACCCCAGGCGAGGUAAGAGGCAAAACAAAUCAUGAUGAUAUGGAGAAGCCUACUGCAGCGGAAAAGUCAGAGGAGGCUUUGGGAAAGGCUCUUGAUCAGAAGCAAACUGAAAGCAGCGAGAAGAUAAGCAAAGAAUCAAAAUUGACCGCUGAAAGCAGUGCACAGAAUGCUUUGGGAAAGGCUGUUGAUCAGAAGCAAACCGAAGGCGGUGAGAAGCUAGGCAAAGAAUCAAAAGUGACGGCUGAAAAUGUUAUUCAGAAGAGGGUAGGAAAGGAAAAGAUUGAUGGACCUGCAGAUAGUCUAGAUCAAAAGGCUGCAACUGAGAAAUACAGCAAUGCCACAAAGAUAGGAAGGACAACAAAAAAGGUAGUCGAUGGAUAUAAAUCUGGGAAAUACAAGCAGAUUGUGAAGGACUUUAUAACCCCCAAGGCUGAGGAAGACAGAAAAUUGUUGUUGAAUAUGGGUGUGGCAGCCCUGGUAAUUGUGGCACUUGGCGCUUAUAUGACCUACACCCAUUGGCCUUCUGAAAAUCUCAAGAAGCAGUAAAUGUUGAUCUCGAAGUUGUAAUGCAUUUCCCUUGGAUUGUCAUAAUGUUGUAGUGUUUGUAUAUUUCUAUCCACUCUGUGAAGUAAAUUGGCAUUGAAUCAAUGGUUGAAUAUUGUUUA